UUGAAGAUAAAUAUGGAACAAACCGUUUAUAGAAACUACCAAAAAAUCACAUUACAAGAGUCACCAGGUAGAAUCCCCGCCGGAAGAGUCCCGCGUUCAAAAGAUUGCAUCCUUUUAGCCGAUUUAUGCGAUCGUUGCAAACCAGGAGAUGAAGUCGACGUAACCGGAAUUUACACCAACAAUUACGAUGGCUCAUUAAACACCGAUAAUGGAUUUCCGGUUUUUUCAACCGUAAUUUUCGCGAAUCAUUUGGUGGUUAAAGAUUGCAAACAAAUCGUGCAAUCCUUAACCGAUGACGAUAUAAACGCCAUAAUAAAAAUGAGUAAAGAUCCUAGAAUAGCGGAAAAAAUUGUUUCGUCAAUUGCUCCUUCAAUUUUCGGGCAUGAUUACAUCAAGCGCGGUUUAGCUUUAGCCUUAUUCGGAGGUGAACCUAAAAAUCCAGGGCAAAAACAUAAAGUACGCGGUGAUAUUAACGUUUUAAUUUGUGGGGAUCCCGGAACGGCGAAAUCACAAUUUUUAAAAUUUAUCGAAAAAAUCGCUCCAAGAGCUGUUUUUACAACCGGUCAGGGUGCCAGUGCGGUCGGGUUAACAGCGUACGUUCGAAGGAACCCCACAAGCCGAGAAUGGACUUUAGAAGCUGGCGCUUUAGUUUUAGCCGAUCAAGGUGUUUGUUUAAUCGAUGAAUUCGAUAAAAUGAACGAUCAAGAUCGGACAUCAAUCCAUGAAGCGAUGGAGCAGCAAUCGAUUUCAGUUUCAAAAGCGGGAAUUGUUACAAGUUUGCAAGCUAGAUGUGCGGUUAUUGCCGCUGCUAAUCCAAUCGGUGGGAGAUACGAUGCCAGUAUGACUUUUGCGGAAAAUGUUAAUUUAUCAGAUCCAAUUUUAUCGAGAUUUGAUAUACUUUGCGUUGUGAGAGAUGAAGUCGAUCCAAUUCAAGACCAACAUUUAGCUAAAUUCGUCGUAAAUUCCCACAUAAAACAUCACCCUUCAAACGUCGAUAAAGACGACGUCACCGAAGAAAUUAACGAAAACACAAUCCCGCAGAAAAUGUUAAAAAAAUAUUUAGUUUAUGCCAGAGAAAAUAUCCACCCGAAAUUACAAAAUAUGGAUCAAGAUAAAGUCGCUAACAUUUAUAGUCAAUUAAGACAAGAAUCUUUGGCAACGGGAUCAUUACCGAUAACAGUGCGCCACAUCGAAAGUAUAAUUAGAAUGGCAGAAGCUCACGCGCGAAUGCAUCUCAGAGAUUACGUCCAAGAUGAUGAUGUGAAUAUGGCCGUAAGGAUGAUGUUGGAAAGUUUCGUUGAAACGCAAAAAUACAGCGUUAUGAAAUCAAUGAGACAACUCUUCCAAAGAUACCUAUUAUUCAAAAAAGAUCACAGCGAAUUACUCUUUUACAUUUUACGUCAACUCGCCCAAGAUCAACUGACGUUUAUUCGAGGUACGAACGCUGCGUCAGAUACAAUCACCAUCGAAAUCGAUGAGAAAGAUCUUAUUGAAAAAGCGAAACAAAUCGAAAUACACGAUGUGAAGCCGUUUUAUCAUAGCAAAAUAUUUGAGUUGAAUAAUUUUCUGUAUGAUUCAAAAAGGAAGGUUAUUAUUCAUACAGUUCCUGAAGCUUUAGUGGAGGAUUAAGAUGUUGUAAUCUAAUUUUAAGGUUAUGUGUGUUUUAAUAUGUAUUCUCAGUUCGUUUUUAUAAAUAAUAUAAGUUUUUUAUCGAUAAAAAAUACUUUUCUAA